GGCGCGGGGCUGGCGGCGCUGUGCCGCCCCGAGAUGCUGGCGGAGCGUCGCGCUGCGCGGCGGCUGCUGUCCGCUCGUAUGCGUGCAGUUGCAGGAAGGGGCUGCGUUUAGAGAUGCAGGGCCUUGCGUUGUUCGGCUGCCGUGUUCUCACCCCUCGUGUCUCAAGGGUUCCUAAACGCUCUAGCUGGCUGCUUAAGGCGGACGAACCCGGGCCUCUUUACCGUGAGGACAGACACCGAGAAAUGGUGCUGAGGUGGAGAUUUGAGGGAGGGAGAGCGGUAUCAAGUAUGCUGUGUUUUCUCACUCUGCGCACCUCUGCAUACCAGGGUACUUUUAUGUUGUUUUAAGUCUGUGUUAUGACUGUUUGUGAUUUCAAAAGGAUGUGUGCUCAGCUGGAUUUCACAGGUCAUAGAAGAACAAAAACACACAGCAUGAUUUUAGCGGUUAGCUCUGAGAGCUUGGACAUUAAUGGCACGAAGUUCAACACGUAUUCUGUAUGAAACCCCGCUUACUGCUGUGUCUCUCUGGGUGGAGAGGAACCUGCCUUCCUGCUGACUGGUGUCCUGGUUUCAUCCUUUCUGGAAUACACGUAUUGUUUCCCCUGUUGCCGUGUGCAGCCUCCUUUGUCUCUUUUCUGUCCUUCAUGAACUGCGUAGAAAUUACAUACAGAAGGCUGAUGCUAACUGCUGUAAGGAUUGGGAAGGGUUUGGAGUGGUGACAAUAAGAGCUGUGGAUGCGGGCUGUGAAACCUCAGGUUUGCUUUCCAGUGUGGUAAUUGUGUUCUUUGUGGAAGCGAGGUGAUCAGAUAAGGUGCAGUUGUUUUGUUCACAUAAGCUGAACUGUGUUCCUGCUAUGUACUCUUGACAGGGACUUAAGAUUUCAGUAGGGAGAGGCUUUUUUUCCCCCUCUUUAUUGAAAUCUACCGUAAACGGUGCUACUCUCGCCAUACAUGGGCUCUGUAGUCAGCAGCUUGAGCUUCAGAUAGCUGUGAGCUUUCUGAUCUUUGCUGUCUGUUUCUGCCUAAACUUGCAUGUCUUGCCAUCAUUGCCACAUCCUUCUCAGGGGCAGGAUUCUAGUCGGAAGUUCAGUAACUUAUGUUAAGGACUAAGUGGAGACCUGCAUAUUGACAGAGUGGUUAACUUAAGCGCGGAAUUGCAUCAUAGCUUUCAUAUCAUCUGUAAAGAAAUGCUGGGCUCAUCCUUGGCUGAGUUGUUUUUAAUCCAUUAUUUGCUGUUGUCUAGCUGAAAAUGAAAUCAUGCCUGGAUCAUCUCAGCUUUUAUAUGUGCUGUGUUGCUAUCCUUCAGCUUCACUUAACCCCUUUUUCUUUAUUGCAGCGUUUUAUCAGUGAGUGCUGUGGGUUGCCUGCAGGUUGCUUUGUGCAGUACCUGUGGGCGUGGAACAGGGUGCAAGAUUUUAAUUCUGCUCUGCCUUCUGUUUUGUGCCUAGGUGACUGCCAGCUGCAAGCACCUUGUCGAAUCCAAAAGUGCACCACUGAUUUUGUUUCCUUAACUUCACAUCUAAACUCGGCUCUUGAUGGCUUUGACUUGGAGUUCUGCAAGGCCCUGCGAGCAUACUCUGCCUGCACCUAUCGCAACUCCAAAGUAUGCCGUGGAAACCUAGUCUACCAUUCUGCAGUGCUGGGGAUCAGCGACCUCAUGAGCCAGAGGAACUGUUCCAAGGAUGGCCCCACAUCCUCCACCAACCCCGAAGUGACCCAUGAUCCCUGCAAUUAUAGUGGCCACACGGAGGCCAAUGAAUAUCAAGGAGGGGAGAAAACUAUCCCUACUUACCUAUUUUGUGGCUUGUUUGGUGAUCCUCAUCUGAGGACUUUCAAGGAUCACUUCCAGACAUGCAAAGUGGAAGGUGCUUGGCCUCUCAUAGACAAUAACUACUUAACAGUGCAAGUGACGAAUGUGCCUGUGGUCCCAGGAUCCAGUGCUACUGCUACAAAUAAGAUAACUAUUAUCUUUAAAUCAUACCAACAGUGUACAGAUCAGAAAGUAUAUCAGGCGGUGAGUGAUGACUUGCCUGCAGCUUUUGUUGAUGGUACAACAGGUGGAGGUGAUGGGAGCACCAAGAGCCUGCAGAUUGUGGAUAAAGUCAGCGGCAAAUAUGUCGAAAUGCAUGCCAGAUACAUUGGGACAACAGUGUAUAUACGUCAGCUCGGGCACUACUUAACACUGGCCAUUCGCAUGCCUCAAGAGUUGGCCAUGGCCUACGAGGAGAGUCAAGAUCUGCAGCUGUGUGUGAACGGCUGCCCUUCAAGUGAGCGUAUUGAUGACAGCGGCCACUUGCCGCUGCCCGUGAGAGGACAGGUGCUCCCUCAGACAGGUGCUGCUCGUCCCCGGUCAGCAUACACACUGGAAACUGCCACCACCAAAUGCCAUGAGAAGAUGCUGGUGAAGGACAUCUAUUUUUACUCGUGUGUGUUCGACCUGCUUACCACUGGUGAUGCUAACUUCACAGCUGCCGCCCACAGUGCCUUGCAGGAUGUGGAGGCACUGCAUCCCAGAAAAGAGCGCUGGCAUAUCUUUCCCAGCAGCAGAGAUGGUGGUGUGGGCAAAGGUAGCAAAUCCUUUGUCAGUCUUGGACUUGCGUGCUUGAUCCUUGUUGCAUUUUUGUAGUUGUUUUUUUUUUUUCUUUUGUCUCUAACAAAGUUUUGAAAUAUAUAUUGUCAUAAUAUAUUGAGUAAAGAUGAGUAUAUAUGUAUAUACCAUGUAUAUGAAGGGAUGUUUUGUCUUGGGACAUCCGCAAGAUUGUACAUAUUGUGUUAACUGUUCUAUGUAUGUUGGAUGUCGUAUUCUUUGUAUCUAUUUGUUUUACAGUCGGUGAAAUGUUUUAUAAUGUCCUUGCAUUGGGACCUGAUAGAAAGCACUUUAUUUUUUAUAUAUUAAAUAUUUGUGUGUAGCUGAGUAACUAUAUAUUAUACAUAUACACACGUACCUACAGUACUCAGUACUCUGCUUAGGUACUGCUUAGUGUAACAAAUUUUUUUACUGUAUUAAUUAAUGGGGAUAUUUUCUACACUUACUGUAGAGACAGCACUUCUCUUGUCCUGUAAUUAUGUAUGUGAUUUCCUGGUAGCUUUUUAGAGCCAUUGGAGAGACAAUGCUGAAAGAUUCUAAUGGUCUUUGUGUAAGAGUGUAACCUUUCCUUUUCAAAGUUACUACCACAGCUGAUUCUGCCCUCAAAGGUUAACUCAUUCUGGGAGAUGGACUGGAGAAGUCACAUGCCUGAAUUCUGUCUCUUUCUUAGGUGUUAAUUACAUCAACACAUUAGAAAGAAGGGAGAGGAGUGAGGGCCCCAGCCCUGACUGCGGUUACUGAGGAGCUAUGGGAACAAUGAUACGGUGGCUUAAAGGCUGGUUUUAUGUGGUGCCUUAAUCUGCUCCAAGAAACAGAAGCCUUAAUACAUGCUGCGGUACUCCAACUCCAGGACAGGCUUCUUUCACUCCUGAAGCUGUUCAUCUGAAGCUAGUUAGGUCUGCUCUUUGAACAAGAUCAAUUAGUGUUUGCCUUUUUUAAGAGACUGUUGUUUGCCUUGGUGGAGUGAGAUGUAGUUCGUUCACAGAAUGAGAACUUGUAGUUUUUAUGGAGAUUGUUCUGGCCAGUUUAGAGACUGCUGACUGUUAGGAACAGCAGUAACCUUCAGAGGAAACUAAUUAAUUCCUUAUUGGAUGUGUAACCACAGGCAAUAGAUGAACAUAGAACUGAGGUAAGGCGGAAGGUAAAAAAAAUAAAAAUAAAAAAAAAAUUCUGAUCUAGAUUUGUUGGCAACUUGUUCUGUCAAACUUAGAUGAUGGUGCUGUUUGAAGUGAAUUAGAUCUAGGAAUUAAUGCUCUGUCUGAUUAUGUGAUUUUUCCCAGGUUCCUCCUGACGAUGACAGGGUUCUCCCUGUUUUGUGUGGCUAAACUUAUUUAUCACUGCUCUGAAUUUAAGGGUCGUGUGGCUGAAAAUCAGUGGACAAGCCUAGCAUUGCUGCGGUGAUGCACAAAAUAGAUGGGCAGACCUUGUAUACUGGUUAAAUUCUACUGACCCUGGAUCCUGCGUGUAUGUACAUAUACAACAGAUAUGUAUACAUGCAUUAAAUUGUGAUCCUUUCAGAUAAAUAGCAUUUCAGAAAUGUAGUACUUCCCCUGAAGAGUUUUCCGUUUUCUUGUUCCUGCUGUGGGAUUUCUUGAGAAAAUGUUAUUUGCACAUGUUCAUUCUUGAAGUCUGCCAUUGCCAAGAGAGCUUUAGCUGAUGCCAAAUGUGGAUAUUUUGAAGCUAGUGAAUGGUCUCUGGAGAAAACUUAAGCUUACAGGGAACAGUGGUUUUUUCACACACGCUCCAAAUGGCUGUCUUUUAGAAGGCUGCAGAUUUUAUUUUCAUGCUUGGAAACCCUAAAAUGUGUCAGUCUUUUCAAAAACUUUUAGAUGUGGUUCAUGAAUAUACCAGUAAGUAUAUGUUAGUGUAAAAGAGUGGCUGUGCAGUGUGUAAAUAUUUUAAAUUAUUAUGAUAGAAGAAUAAAGUUGCCUACCUUGCUGA